AUGGGAAGGUAUUAUGGGUCAGAAGCAUUACGCAAUAAAAAGUUACAGAAAAAAGCUAUAGAUUAUGCUUUGGACAAAUUAAAUCCAAUGAUCCAGAAAGUCGGUUCUCAAGCUCUUAACCAAUUAUCAACCAAAAUACGACCAAAGAAAAACUACAAAUCAAACAGGAAAGAUCUUGAUGGUGGUGCUAUAGAUAUCCACAAGCAGAUUGGUAAAUUACCAAGACCCGAAGGCAGAUGGACCUUACCAGGGCAUAAAUAUACAGGCCCCUACAACGAUCUCGAAAAUCAAGUGAGAUACAAUCCAAAAACUGGUGAAAUAUUAGAAAUGUAUGAUCAACCAACUGGGCUAACCGAUGCAGUGGCCAUGCAGCAUGAUAUUGAUUAUAGUGUUUGUGGUGAUAACCGAAAGUGCAAAAAUAAAGCUGACCGUAAAAUGAUAAAAUCAUUAGACGCCGUUCCCUUUAAUGAACGACAAUGGGGACACUGGUUAGCUAGAAAUCUAAUAAACACAAAACAGAAACUCGGUCUUGGUUUAAACUAGAAAAGCCGUCGGGUAUUAGUUGGCAGCAACAAUUAGCAGAUGAACUACAUAAACCCAUAAAACGCAACUUUACUCGGCGGCGUGUUAUUACAACCGGUAUUGACAAAAUUUGGUGCUCAGAUCUGGUUGAGAUGCAACAGUUCAGCAAAUGGAACAAAGGUUAUAGAUAUCUUCUCAUGGUACUAGAUCUAUUCUCCAAAUAUGGCUGGAUUGUACCAUUAAAGGAUAAGAAAGGGGAAACUGUCACAGAAGCAUUCAAACCAUCUUCAAAGAAGGCGGUAAACCACAAUAUCUUUGGACUGAUAAGGGGAAAGAAUAUUAUAACAAAAAUUUGAAAAAACUGUUGGAAAAGAAUAACAUAACACUAUAUUCAACCGAGAAUGAGGAAAAAUCUAGUGUAUGUGAAAGAUGGAACCGUACAAUUAAAACCAAAAUGUGGAAGCAGUUUACUGUCCAGUGUAAUACCCAAUAUCUUGACAUACUACCAAAAACAUUGAAGCAAUAUAACAACACCAAACACAGUUCCAUUAAAAUUACAAUCUGUAUGGUGAUAUGGAGCAAUCAUCAUCUAAACCCAAAUUCAAGGUUGGCGAUAAGGUUAGGAUAAGUAAGUACGAGAGAAAGGUGUUUGAUAAAGGGUACACACCUAAUUGGACAGAAGAGAUAUUCCUGAUCGAUAAAAUCCAAUCCACAAAUCCAAUCACGUACAGAUUAAAAGAUCUCAAUAAUGAGGAAAUACAAGGCAGCUUUUAUGAGCCUGAAUUACCACCAGCAAAACAGGAUGUAUUUCGCAUUGAAAAGGUCAUUCGGAGGGAUUAUAAGAAGAAACAAGCUCUUGUAAAAUGGUUAGGCGAUAGUGAUGACUUUAAUUCUUGGAUCCCACUGAGCAGUUUACAAGAUUUAUCUAACUAACAGUAUAUAUGGACGAUCAUAUAAGAAAGCUUGAUACUAAAAUCCAGAGUAAGAAAUCCGAGCUUAAUGCACGAUUCACUAAAAUCCAAAAAUUAGACGAAGAAAUUGCGACAUUAUACCACAAGAAAUUAAUAUCCAAAAAAUUGGAAUAAGCUGAGAUGACAUUAACAGGCGUUUUAGGUGCAAUCUUUGAAACGGAGGAAGAGGAGGAGUAAAGUUAUCACACCUCUCUGGGCAACAGCGUGAUUCACGCGGUUGGUCUAUGACCUUAACCCAGAUUAUUGCCCCGGUAAAACGCCGGGUCAACAAAAUACCCCAAUCAUUGGCGUGGACGUUUCGCUUUGUUGAUGCCCUGAAACGGGGCGUCAGGUCAAAUGUGCUGAAACGGCACCUCAGGCCUAGCAUACUUUUUAAUCUAUCAUAUUCACCAUACUUUUGGGUCUGUUUGAUAGUAAUAUUCAUGUAACCUAUAUAUGUGGUAAAUAUGAUUGAAAAAAAGUAUACUAAUGAAGAGAUGAAUAUCGAAUUGACUUCAUUUCUUGAUGCAAAGCAGAAUAUUUGGUUCCUUGGUAAAGAAAUAGCUACUGUACUUGGAUAUUGUAAUAAGUAAAUGUAUAUGGGAUCAUGUUCCAUGUGAUGAUAAGCGCAUAAUAAGCUGGAGCUCCAAAACGGAGCCGCAGGUUCAAGCCAGAAAUUACACCAUAAUCAAAGAAUCUGGAUUAUAUUCUCUUAUUUUAUCCUCAAAACUUGCUUCUGCAAAAAGGUUCAAACAUUGGGUAACAUCAAAAGUCCUUCCAUCCAUCCGAAAACAUGGCUACUACAUGCCAUUCAAUAAACCCUGGAAUAAGGUGAUCAUGAUUGGCAAUGAGACUGACCUCCAUUAUAAACUAGUGGACCUCAUAAGAAGAUAUUAUCCAGAUUCCAUAUUAGUAGCAGGACUGGGUGAAAAUCAGGAUACUGAGGAUAAGAGACUAGAUUCAUAUAAGAAAGGAUAUAUAAGAGGACAGCCUGAUCUAAUGGUACUCGAUUAUCACAAAGAUUAUAAAGGCCUCUGCAUUGAAUUCAAAUCACCAACUAAUAAUUAUCAUGUAAGUAAAGCACAAAAGGAGAUGAAAAAGAAGUACGUUAAUAAUGGCUAUGCUUUUGUGCUCAGUAAUGAUUACGAUAAGAUUAGCAAAAAUAUUCAUGAGUAUAUG